ACACACACACACACACACACAGUAAACAGUAAUGCAGUAUUAUUGUAUGUUUAUGAUGUUUUUAUCAUGUAAAAUAUCACAACAAAUCUAAAUCGAAGACUCCAGCUCCAACCUGACCUACAUUCCCUUACAAACCAGAGAAGAGAGUGUGUGUGUGUGUGUGUGUGUGUGUGUGUGUGUGUGUGUGUGUGUGUAAUAUUGCUAUUCGAUCCUGUGUCUCCUCUUUUUUACAGAUUUUCACUCACGUCUCAGUCUUUACUUCUUUAUAUUCACUCCUUUACUUUCUAUUUACUCGUAUAUAAAUGUUCUAAUAGAUUUUUGUUCUUCAAUCUGUUAUAAAUUAUUUCCAGUAAUUUAUUCACUUGAUUUCUUCUCGUUUCUCCAGGGUACACUGAUUCUAGGAGCAGCACAACCAAGUGUAUGUUUAGGUUGGGGUUUCCGUCCAAUCAGAUUUUAGAUCACAUGUUGCUCGGUUAAAUGGAAUCUGCUGUAAUUCCUUAAAACUGCAGCCAUCUGGAGCUUCAAAUCCAUGUUUCCUGAAGAUGUCACUGUAACCAAUCAGAUUGCACAUUUUUACUCUGGAGCCUCUGCAUUUUCACGUCACUAGUCAGAGCUCACAAACCGCAUCUGUAGCAAACUGUACAAACUCACAUAUACUUAUGUGGAUUUAAGAGCUGUGUUUUAUUCCACAAUCACUGACAGAGGAGAAGAAACUGAUUUGGACACAAACACAUUUAUAAGACAGACUUUUCAAGAGAAGCUGGAGAUGGUGAGGAAAAGUCACCAAAACAGUUCAAAACAGUUGUUAAGAUUUUUUUUUAAUGAACCAUUUGUACUUUUGUGUUUUCUUUUUGUAGAAUUUUUACAAAAAGACACAAUUUGAGUGAAUUUCAAAUCCCCAGGAAAACUAAUGCACUGAAAAAAUGUAGAGAAAUGCAGGAAACCCCGGGGUGAUGUGAUGAGGUAAAUAUCGGUGCAUCUGCUCGAGAUGAUGUGUGUGUUACUGUGUGAGAUCCUGUGUGUAAUGCAGAGCUCUGUUCUACUGCACUUCUCUAUAAAACUGAUGCCUUCUGUAGACGUGGCAUCAUUAUGAUGGGAUUAAGAGGUGGACUGAUUGAACAUCACUGAAGGAUGGGGGUGAAAUACACGACCCAGAAAGUGUUCUGUUACACCACACAAUAAGACUGUGUUAUUGUUUCACAGAGAGAUUACAAACCUACACAUAACAAUAGUGAUGAAUGUAAGGUAGUGUGUGUGUGUGUGUGUGUGUGUGUGUGUGUGUGUGUGUGUGUGUGUGUUCUUUGUUGUGGAGGCAGUGAUGUGAAAACGAGUGCAGAGGCUUGUGAAGUAGCAGUCAGCCCACAGUGUGUGAGGAGUGUGUCAGCACAGUCAAACAUAAACCUGAGUGGGUGUGAUGUUCCCGGUGUCUGUGUGUGUGUUUGGUGAUGGUGUGUAUGGAUGGAGGGUGGAGAAAAUGGAGGCGGUGCAGAUGGACAGCAGACACUUGGGCGUGUUCUACACUGGAGAUUCGUACAUCAUCGUAAACAAACACAGUGAGGGGGUGGAGCUACACAUGUGGAUGGGGGAGGAGUCAUCGAGGGACGAGCAGUGCACAUGCGCCAUGUUGGCUACGCAGCUGCUGCAGUUCCUUAGACGAGAUGCAGUUCAACACAGACAAGAGCAGGGACACGAGACAGACGACUUCAUGAAACUCUUCCCCAACGGAGUGAGCUACAAGAGAGGGGGUGUAGAGUCCGGGUUUAGGCGAGUUCAGCCAGAGUGUGUGUCAGUGCGAUGUCUUUAUCAGGUAAAAGGAAGGAGAAACAUCUGUGUGAGAGAAGUGGAGCCCAACUGGAGGAGCUUCAACACCGGGGACUGCUUCAUCCUCGACCUGGGACAGCUCAUCAUCUCAUGGAGUGGCUGUAAGUCGAGUGUGUUUGAAAGACAGAAGGUUCAUCAGAUUGCUGCUUUAAUUAGAGACACAGAAAGAAAGGGCAAAGCUCACAUUAAUGAUGUCACACAGGGGGAGGAGCCACUAGAAAUGGUUCAGGUUCUUGGUCCAAUCCCGGUGAUUAAAGACUCGUUUGAGGAGGACGCUGAUGCAGACAGGACAAACUCUGCCUCACUCUUUAAGGUGAGAUGUUUUUGUCCCUCAGGAAAUCGUGUUGUGUUUGGACUCCAGGUAUUAAAGUUUGUUGUGGGCGAUGGGCUGCUGAGGAGCUCAGAGAUCAGGACAGACUGGUGUGAACGUCUCCAUGUCUCCACCAUGUCUACACGUCCUAAUAACAGGUGUCUGAUGCACUUGGCCGUAUGGCCGUCACACUGCUGUGUAAUAAAGCACCGUUUGAUCAGAAUCUACUGCAAAGAGACGACUGCUUCCUCCUCAAUAAUGGAGCUAAUGGCAAGAUUUUCAUCUGGAAAGGUGGUGGUGCCAAUGUGGCAAAGAAGAGAGCAGCGCUGCAAGUAGCAGAUGAGUUUAUUCUUAGCAUGGGUUACGGUAGAGGUACAACUCAGGUGGAAAUAUUUCCUCAAGGUCGUGAGUCUGUCCUUUUUAAACAGUUCUUCAAAAGCUGGUGUUAAACACACACACACACACACACACACACACACACACACACACAC